AUGGUUCAAAUACUACCUCAAACAAUUGCCUCCUCAUCAUCCUCAACGCCCGACAUUGUCGUGGUUGGAGGAGGCGCCAGUGGACUGGCAGUACUUCUUCAAUUGAUUGAAAGAGCAAAGAAUGGAAAGCAACUUGGAAAAAUUGCUGUGUUGGAGAAGAACAAAACUCCUGGCCCGGGUUUGGCAUAUUCCAACGCCUGUGUGGGCACUAUAUUGAACAUGCACACCGAUACAAUGGGCUUAUACUUUGACCAGCCACAACAUUUUACUAAGUGGCGUAAAAACCUGGAUGAGGGUGAUUUUCCAUCUCGUGAACAUUAUGGAGAAUAUCUCCAGUACACUUGGUCCGAAGCAACUCAAGAGGCCAAACAGGCUGGCUUGGAUCUUUCCGUCAUACAUCAAGAGGCCCAUCAUAUUGAUCAAUCAAGCGAUGGAACGUUUGUUUUGACUCUUGACAAUGACACAAGAAUCUUAUCCCAAGCCGUUGUUCUGGCACUAGGGAAUUUCACAGCUGUUUGCAACCCGCAGCUCAUCAACCUCCCUGGAUUCCUUCCGAGUCCAUGGCCUCUGCCUCAACUGAAGUCAAUUCCUCCUGAUGCUACAAUUAUUGUAGUUGGCUCUCGUUUAUCCGCAGUUGACACUGUCACGUAUCUUGUGGACAACGGUCAUCGAGGUACCAUCACCCUCAUGUCUCGCAGUGGCCGUCUACCUAAGGUUCAAGGAGACCAAGCUCCCUAUUCACGUCGUUAUGUAUUGCACGAACUUGCCAGACAAAUAGAAGCAAAUCCAGAAGAGGGCCUUUUGCAAGUGAUGAGCGGUGUGGUAGAGGAGUUGUCGGAAGCAACAAACGGAGACUGGAGCUGGAUUGUCGAUGACGAAUCGCCAGUGAAGCAGCUGCAGCAGGAUAUCCAAGCAGCACAAGCUGGUCGGGUUGAAUGGCAGGCAGUUCUCCGCGCUACAGCCCCGGUGAUUGAGAGAUAUUGGAACUGCAUGUCCCCAAGAAGUCAGCAGCUUUUUAUGACAAAGUAUCACAGCACUUGGAUGAGGUUCCGACAUGCGAUGCCAGUGCAGAACGCCCAGAAAAUUAUGAAAUUAUUAGAAAGCUCACAGCUUCGGGUGGUUCAAGGAAGUUUAAUCGAAUGGGAUGGCAUUUUCAAAGCGCAGACCUCCUCUGGUAUCGUCGAGGCCUCAUAUGUGAUUGAAGCGACUGGUCAAGAGUGUCACCUUGACCGCAUCCAUUCACCAUUGAUCCAGUCUACACUCAAAAACAAUCUUGCAACAGCUCACCCCAAUGGUGGAUUAGCUGUCGAUUUUGAUUCCUUGGCUGCAUCACCCGGAUUAUAUGCCAUUGGAUCGCUAACACGUGGCACACAUUUCUAUGUAAGUGCGAUCGACCGGAUCGCAGCCCACGCUUCUCGGAUUGCCUACGCCUUGACAAAAGAGCCCUAUGCUCGGCCAUUGCAUGUGGCAAUAUUCUGUGGAUCGGAUCUUUUCUCCCACCUUAUGAUCAGCAAACUGGUUCCCCAACUCCUCGCUGCCGGGCAUAUGCCUUUCAUCUACCUACCAAAACAUAGGGCUAGCCGCAGCGCAACUCCCUUUGACCUUCGGGAAUUGGCAUUCUUUGAACGAGAACUGCUACAGCACCAUAUCCUUCCUUACUUUAAAGAUAAACCUUUUCGAGGUGCCACCCAUAAAACAGUGUAUCAAUUACGAGACACAUAUGGGAUUCUCGUUGAAGAGGUACCGGAUGUUAACAAAAUGUCUUUCAUCAAGACCCUCGCCAAGCACCAUAUCAACGUGGGCCUCUCGUUGCGAUGCUAUCAACGAUUUAAGACAGAUAUUAUCCGGUAUUUUUCUCAGCCUCGGCGCCUACUCAACCUCCAUCCUGGGACGCUUCCUGCUUACCGCGGAGUAAUGACCACGGUCCGAGCCAUGAAGAACAAAGAAACCCACUUUGGUUAUUCGCUUCACGAUAUUGAUGAAAAUUGGGAUUCCGGAGACGUGAUAGAUAUUCGAGAGCACCCUAUUGAUUACUCCAAAUCAAUGCUGGCAUUUAUGGAAGAUGUGUACAGUAUGGGGGUUGGAGUGGCAGUGGACGCGAUUGACAAAAUUGCAAGAGGCAAGCAAUUACCCAAAACACCACAGAAUGCAGAGGCAAGCGGAUACUACACCUUCCCGACCAAGGAGGAGUUGCAUGAUAUUAACCAAAGUGGAAUUCGCCUUGUCGAUGCUGAAAGCAUUGUCAGCAUUAUUGUCAAGUCUUUCGCGCCGGAGAAGGACCAGAAUGAAUUUCGCGCAUAUAUUGAAACUGUUGUGAACGAUUGGUAUCGUCAAAACUCGGUCUGA